ACACAUUCGUAAUUGUUCGUGAGAACGAUACUGUCACUGCUAAAUUAAAUUUGGGGUUUUUUAAAACUCAUUUCGUUUACGACGCGACGGAACUAUGCGCCUAACGUUGUUUUUUUUAAUUUAACUAUUCCCCGGUGUAAAAAUGAAGUGCCUGUGCCGACGUAGCGAAAGUUACACGGUCACGUUAGAAAGUGCCGUGAAAUCCCACAAUAAAGUGCAAAAAAAUGGCAAUGGAACCCUACAUGGCAGUACUUCAAUAACAGACAAUGGGCAUCAAAAUCCAUCGACUUCAGUUGACAGUACGGGAUACGAGACGAGCAGGUACAAAGACACUUCCAAAGAAGUUUCAGAAGAACUUAAAAACACAAGAAAGAAAGAGAAGGCCCCUGAAGUACCUGAGGAUGGUAAAAAGGUGUCAAAGGCUUCACUGUCGGUACCUAUACCCGAAGAAAACGUAUCGAGAAAUCCGUCACAAGUCUCACUGACAGAGAGUGAAAGCAACCUGAGCCAGAAUGAUCCGAACUCGAGACGAAGGUCCGGAAUUCAAGUGAGCGUGCCCGCAGGCGCAGAGGUGACCGCCGAAGAUGAACUGCCGAUUUUCGAAAAAAGUCCCGAGGAUCAAGAGUCGAUAAAGAAGGCGAUAGAAGCGAACGAAUUUCUCAGCAAGAUUUUAUCGGGAAACCGACUGAAAGACAUCAUUAACGCCAUGCAGUUACGAGACGUUGCGGCAAAGAAAAUCCUGGUUAAGCAAGGGGAAAAAGGGUCAGAGAUGUUCGUUUCCCAUGAGGGCAGAUACAAGAUACUGGUGAAGGGUAAAGUGGUGGACGAGUUUUCUAAUAGACGAGUCUUUGGCGAGUUGGCUAUCCUGUAUAAUGCCAAAAGGAUGGCGACCAUUCAAUCGAUCACAGCGGGUAAAGUAUGGGUGCUAGACCGUCAGGCCUACCAGAAGAUCGUAAUCAGAGGCAAUUUACGCGAACAAGACGAACAUUUGAGGUUCCUCCAGAACGUGGAGUACCUCAACGUGGUGAACGAAGAGGUGCUGCGGCAGGUGUCCAAUUUACUGAAGCAGGAAUUCUUCACCGCCGGAACGGUGAUUAUUAAGCAGGGAGAUAAGGGCGAUAAGUUUUAUAUUAUCAGAGCAGGUACUGUCACCAUCAGUAAAAGUGGUGAAGGAGUGUUGGGACAACUGGGCAAGGGACAGUGCUUCGGGGAGAAGGCUUUGCAGAAAGAGGAUACCAGACAGGCAACGGUAACUGCAGAAGCUCCCGGAGUGGAGUGUCUCACCCUCACCAGAAGGGACUUUACCAAUCAUUUCGGUGACGUGGACAUACCAUUAAUAGAAGUGAAAAAAACGAGCCUUAAAGACGAGGUAAAAGCGGAAUACCAGGACGUGAAACUGGAAGAGUUGGCCAUUAUUAAAACUUUGGGGGUGGGAGGGUUUGGUAGGGUGGAGCUGGUGCAGCACAAGAAGCACAAAAACAAAGUGUUCGCCCUCAAGUACCUAAAGAAGAUCGAUAUCGUGCAUCUGAACCAUCAGGAGCACGUCUACAACGAGAAGCUGAUACAGAUGAACUGUAGAUCUCCGUUUAUUGUCCGGCUCUAUCGUACUUACAAGGAUAAUAAAUACGUGUACUUCCUUAUGGAAUCCUGCUUGGGCGGAGACCUGUUUUCCUUACUGCACAAGCAAAAGACCAAACGAUUCGAAGACAAGGACGCGAAAUUCUUAUCCGCGUGCGUAUUGGAAGCCCUCGAGCACCUCCACAGUAAGGGGGUAGUCUACAGGGAUCUCAAACCGGAAAACCUGUUGGUCGACAAAAACGGAUAUUUAAAACUGACGGAUUUCGGAUUUGCCAAGAAAAUUCCCGCCAGGGGUAAAACGUUCACGUUCGCCGGUACUCCCGAGUACGUCGCCCCCGAAAUUGUCCUAAACAGGGGCCACGAUAGGGCCGUGGACUAUUGGGCGUUCGGAGCGUUCAUUUUCGAAUUACUUACAGGAAGAACUCCGUUUAGGACAGGGGACAGCAGCCACAUGAAAACUUAUAAUAAGAUCCUAAAUGGCAUCGACAACGUGAAUUUCCCGAAUUAUGUGAAUCCCAAGGCGGCUAAUUUAGUGAUGAAACUGUGUAAGCCGAUACCGGCCGACAGAUUGGGCAUGCAAAAAGGUGGUACUAAGGACAUUAAGGCCCAUAAAUGGUACCAAGGAUUUGAUUGGCAGAAGUUCCAGCAGUGUGGCAUGCCGUCACCGUUCAAACCGAAAUUAAAGGACGUCACGGACACGUCUAAUUUCGAUUUGUUUAAAAUUGAUAAGGAUUAUCCGCCCGAUGAGCUUUCUGGAUGGGACGAACACUUUUAAUUUAAUUUUAACGAACAAAACAACCAAAAAAUGUGUAAUUUUUAACUCACGGCGCGAGACUAACCAUUUAUAGAUGUAUACUUAUAAUAUUAAAUAUAUUUUAUUUUAUUA